AUGGCUGGAAGAAGCGUAACACCCAAGCCAACUAAUGUUGAUGCGAUUUCAUACGUAAGGUCUGUGAGGGAAGCAUUCCAUGAUGAACCUGCAAAAUAUCGAGAGUUUAUCAUGCUCAUGAAGGAUUAUAAUCGUGGAGUUGGUCUCAAUAGUGUCAUUGCAAAGGUGGAGGAACUCCUUAAAGAUCACCGGAAUCUGCUUCUUGGUUUCAGUAUCUUCCUUCCAGAUGGGGCUACGAUAACCAUCCCUCCCGAGGCUGACAAAGCAAGAAGCACACCAUCGACGCCAAUUAAGGAAGAUUUGGAUUCAUACCUUACUGCUGUGAAGGAAGCAUUUCAUGAUGACCCUAGAAAAUAUGACGUGUUUUCCAAGGUCCUCUGUUAUAUUAUACAACAUGGACUACUCAGUAUUUCUGGUGGUGGCAUUGAAAGCUUGGAGCACCUCCUGAAAGAUCACCAGAAUCUGCUUCUUCGUUUAAAUAACUUCAUUCCAGCUGAGACUCAGAGAAUCCUCCAUCAGCGGGCUGAAUCUGAUGAUAACAAAAGAAAACGUAUAGCGGGUUUUAUUGGCAAGCUUAAGGCUAGGUUUCAGGGGGAUGGUCGUAGUGUAUAUGAGUCAUUUACCGAGAUACUGAAAAUGUACCAAGAAGGAAACAAGUCCGGAAAUGAGUUUUACAAGGAGUUCUUUGAACUUGUUCAGGGUCAUGAAGAUUUAGCCAUGGACUUUUCAGAGAUUUUCAAGAGUUUCAAGAGAUCCACUGAUCCAUCAGGGUCAAACUCUGCUAGAGACAGCUGA